AUGCAACCCAGACUUCUUGACGGUGCACCUCCCGGGACUCAAGGUACUUGUACGCCAAUUGGUUGGACUUCAGGUGACGUAUUUCUUGAUUGGAUGCAUUUCUUCGUAGAACAUGUACGACCUAGCGCCGACAAAAAGGUACUUCUACUCGUGGACAACCAUGAAAGCCACAAAUAUUAUCCUGCUUUGGAAUAUGCAAAAAUAGUUCUAGCUCCAGGAAAAGCUACAAUUUGUGAAUUAUCUAAACCUCAACCUCAAGUCUCUGUUGCACCAAUUGUAGUUUUCCAAGAAUCUACUAAAACCUCAGAAAAUAUUAUUCACAGUGAAGUAUGCUCCAUUAUUACACUGGAACCAGAAACAGUAUCUCUUAAAGCUUCUUCUACUUUGGAGCCAGAUGCUACAAAUAUUAAUGUUAUGCAUCUUUUAAAAAGUGAUGCAUUGUUACCAGGUACCUCAAAAAAUACACGCAGAUAUGUGGACCGUGAUGACCCACCAAAUCUGGAACCUGGAUGUUCAAACUUUCACUAUAGUCUCGUAGUGUUAAGACCAAUACCAAAUCCAGACAAACGAAUAACAACUCGUAAACGCAAAUUGCAAAAGUCGGAAAUUUUAACUAGUACACCUAUAAAAGAAGAGCAGAAGUUAAAAUUUGAAAAAAAAAUGCAGUUAAUAAUAUAA